CGAUGUGCACCGCCGCGGGCAGUUUGCCGCCAACCUCACAACCCGAAGGACAGGUUAGGUUAUGUUUAAAGUGGUUUUAACUUGAAAUAUUACGAAUCGAAUUUCUUUUUAAGAGUGCUUGUAGUUUUUAGGAUUUUCAGUCACAACAGAAUGCAGCCCCGGAAGGUGCAGUGUAUGUCCCGACUGAAAAUCCACGCUCUGUUCUUGCUUGGUUUAUGCUUCAUAGUGUUGGCAGCCGUGCUUCCUAUGUUUUGGCCAACAUACUACAAGAUAUUUAUUGCAGACACCCUGAAGAUGUCUCGAGGUUCAAAAACUCAUCAGAUUUGGGACGACAAUCCGGUUCCAAUUUACAUGGAUUUCUACUUUUUCAAUUGGACAAAUGUGAAUGAUUUAGAAGACGAGGGAGAAAUGCAUAUACCACAAAUGCAAGAACUCGGUCCCUAUAGAUUUACUGAAAAAAUCAAGCGGGUUAAUGUAACAUGGAACAGUAACAAUACAGUGACCUAUCAGCAAGCAAAGUAUUGGUAUUUUGAUCCUGAAAACUCCAGAGGAAGUCUGGACGAUGAAAUCACAACACUCAACAUUGUUGCUCUGACAGCAGCUUUCACUGUAAGAGAUUGGAUGUUCAUUUUACGAACUGCAACGAAUACUGCGAUAGUCGGGACAAAGCAGAAGAUCCAUGUUGUUAAGAAAGUGAGAGAACUGCUUUUUGAGGGAUAUUCUGACCAACUUAUUUCAAUGGCCAAGAAAAUGCCGUCGUUCGCAAGUGUCAAAGUGCCUUUUGACAAGUUUGCUUGGUUCUAUAAGAGAAAUGGGACAUCAUUUAUGGAUGGAGUUUUCAAUAUGAACACUGGAGAAGAGGACAUAUAUAAAAUAGGCAAGCUUGAAAACUGGAACUAUGAUAAUUCUACAUCGUUCUAUGAAGGAGAUUGUGCUAACGUAGUCGGGACUACAGGACAGCUGUUUCCUCCUGGACAAACAAGAGAAAGCAAAGUUACCAUGUUCUCUCCGGACCUCUGCAGAUCAGUUUCGUUUGAGUACGAAGAAGACACAGAAGUGGAGGGUGUCCCAGGUUACCGUUAUGUCGGUGGAAUGUCCAUGCUAGACAAUGGAACUGUAUUUGAAGACAACUCCUGUUACUGCAAUGGCGAGUGCACUCCCUCAGGCGUGCUUAACGAAACAUCCUGUCGGUUUGGCGCCCCUGCCUUCGCCUCAUUUCCACAUUUCUACUUGGCCGAUCCCUUCUUCACCGACAAUGUUCGAGGCCUAAGACCAGUCAAGGAGAAACAUCAGUUCUACCUUGUGUUGGAACCGACAACUGGAAUCCCACUAGAUGUUGCUGCAAGAUUUCAGAUUAAUCUGCUUCUGCAGCCGUUACCAGGAAUGGGGCUAUACAGCAAUGUGCCGACAGUAUUCUUCCCCAUGUUGUGGUUCCAGCAGCGAGCCACCAUCCUGCCCUCCAUGGCCUUAGGUCUGAGACUACUGCUGUUUCUGCAGCAUCUGGGGAUCAUCCUGUGUAUACUCUCAGCUCUCUGUGGCUGUCUAAUGCUCGGCUACUCUCUGGUUCUCUGUCUGGGCAACCACAAAGCCCGCACAAUGGAGAUGCAGAAAAACAAAGAUGACUACAACAUGUAUGUAGCCGCAAUGGAAUCGCCCAAGAAAGAAAGUAAAAGUGGCAAAAAACAAUAUAUAGUGAUGAAACCAAGAAGUGAAUUGAAUUCAAAUGAUCUAUAACAAAAAAUGAAAAUUGAGUGGUUAAGUUCCUUUGUUGUGCUCAAGCAGUACUCUAAACACCAUAAAAUGGUAAAAAUUUACCAUUCUUUGUUUGGUCAGCUGACCAAGAUUUUGCAUUGGUCAUAUUGAUUAACAUCAAAAUGACAAAGUGUGACUUAAGUUCUUGGACGUUAGUAGCCUAGGUAGUGAAUAUUGUAAACUUGUGUUACAAGUUAUCAUUCCAUUUAUGUAUGUGAUAGUUGUUAAUGUAUUACUUUAUUUAAGUUUCAUCAUAUAUUUAUUAUCAUUACUAGUGGCUUUUUUACCAGAUAAAUGUUAAUUUUUGAGUUAUAA